UAGCUCAACUUCCUCUAAAAAUGAUGCAUUUCAUAUAUUGCAGUACGUUUACGAGAAGAGCUUCCAGAGAGAGCAUGAGCAAUUGAAGGAACUCAGAGACGCCACAGUAAAGCAAUAUUCGCGGAGCUUAAUGAUCCUGCCUAUUGAUGAAGGGAUAUUCCUCUCAAUGCUUCUAAAGAUUAUGAACGCGAAGAAGACAUUAGAGCUUGGAGUCUAUACUGGUUACUCUCUUCUUACUACUGCUCUAGCACUACCUGCUGAUGGCAAGAUAAUAGCUAUUGAUCCAAACAAGGAUGCAUACCAAUUUGGAUUGCCAUUUAUUCAGAAAGCUGGAGUGGAGCAUAAGAUUAACUUUAUUGAAUCAGAAGCCUUGCCAAUUUUAAAUGAUCUGAUUGCCAAUAAGGAACAAGAAGGGACAUUCGAUUUUGCAUUUGUGGAUGCUGACAAGCAAAACUACAUGAGUUAUCACGAGCUUCUUUUAAAACUAGUUAAGAUUGGUGGAAUAAUUGGUUACGAUAAUACCUUAUGGUUUGGAUCAGUGGCUGCUCCUGAAGAGGAUGCUAAGGAGGGAUUUAUUAAGCAUCACAGAAAAAGUGUCAUGGAGUUGAACAACUUUCUAGCAACUGAUCCCCGCAUCGAAUCAUCCCUCAUUUCAAUUGGUGAUGGCCUCACCAUUUGCAGGCGCCUCUACUAGUGAAAUCAACACAUUGAAGUUGUUGCUACACUAGAAAGUUACCCCAAUAGUUAUAUAGAAUAAAUCAAAUAUUUGAAAAAUAAAUAAAUAAUGACUUGCAAAUUGGCUUGACAGUAAGUAUGCUCAAUAGGAAAAUUUAUUCCUUAUAUCCGAUGUUUGUCUUUCUCUCACGUAAGGAUGGACAUUAUAUGAGAGGACUGAGGAGCACCUAAUAUUGGUAGCCAAUUGUCAUUGCAUGAGCAUGGCUCAAUAUUUUUGUUAUAUAGCUUGCUUUUAAACUCAAAUUUUACUUGGCCAAUUCUGCUGGCAAUUGAAGCGUACAAAGCUAAUCAACUCUCCUCCAAACUGGCGCACUUUCGAUGCGUAUACCUCUUCCUCAGUCCGUAGCAGAAGUGAAAGCACUGGCAUGUAGACGUGCAGUUAGUUUACAAUUGAGAUCAGUCUCCAAGAGGUGAUCUUUGAAGGUGAUACAGUUGUGGUGAUUCAAGCAGCAAAAGAUGGUUCGGCAGACCAGUCCAUGUAUGGUCAUCUUAUUGGUGGCAUCCUUCAACAAGCUUCCGAGCUGUGUAGGUUUGAAUUUUUUUUGUGUUAAUCGCACUUGUAAUAGAGUAGCCAAUGCUUUGGCUUCAAGAACUAGUGUUGGUUUAGAUUUACAAUUCUGGCUAGAAGACUGUCCUGGGGAUAUAGCUCCCUUGGUUUUUGCAGAUGUUCCUUAAGGGUUUUUUGUUGUUUCAAUAAAUUCCCAGUUUGGUUUCAAAAAAAAAAA